CAUCAUUCUUAUCGAAGCUUCCAGGGAAUCACUUGUUUGAUGCAGAUCAGUACUAGAGACGAGGACUACCUGGUCGACACUCUGCAACUGUGGCGGCAUAUGCACGUUUUGAACGACCCUUUCACAGACCCGAACAUAUUGAAAGUGUUGCACGGCCCCCGUCAGGACAUCCAGUGGUUACAGCGCGACUUCAGCAUCUACGUGGUGAAUAUGUUCGAUACGGGUCAGGCAAUGCGCUACCUCGGCUUUCAGCGACUGUCUCUUGCCUAUCUUUUGAAACGUUAUUUGGACAAGGAUAUAGACAAACAGUACCAGUUGGCUGACUGGCGACUUAGACCUUUACCGGAAGACCUCCAACUUUAUGCAAGGGAAGACACGCAUUACCUGUUGUACUGUUGUGACAUGCUGACCAAUGAGCUAAUCCAGGCCGGCAACGAACAGAAGAAUCUCCUUUUGGAAACGUAUCAGCAGAGUCGACAGAUAUGUCUCAUGGUAAAUGGUCCAUUUUACUGA